GCUAAUUCAAACUUGCUUCUUUUGAAUUAGCUGGAAUACACUCAUGUGUCUCACGAAGCACAUUUAGUAAUAAUUUUAAUUUAGUAGAAUGUUAAUUGAUUUUGUUGUUGAACUUAAGAAAUCCUUGACAUGGGGUCCUUGGAUAUGGUAUCAGACUACUACUGCUGGGUCAAAGACACUGGAAGUCUGUGAUUAUCUGGGAGAAUCGUUGGCUUCAUUUUUUGGCAUUACAACCGCUAAGGACCAGUUUGAGAUAGACCACUUCAAUCAGCUGGUGGCUGAGGAGGAGGCUUUAAAGAAGGAACAAGACCUGGAGAUGGAGGAUGGGUGACCAAGUCAGCUGAAGAGCAGACAGCCACUGGGGUUGCACCAAGCGUUACUGAGCCUCCUUCCACACAGAGGUAUUGAACAUCACAAAACAUCAACUCUUAAGAUAUAAAUUGCAGUAAGAUUUUGUAAAUUGUUUUAUCAACUGUUACGUAAAUUUUAUAAAAGUUCCUGAAACUUCAAUGUUAAUUUGAGUUUAAAUUUUUGUAAUUUUAAGUUUUAAAUAAUUAAGUCCAGUUUAUUUUACUGUAGUGACUCAGAAUCUCUCAUGUACACUUAGUACAGACAAGGCAGCUUAUGUGUUUGAUAAAAAUGUUAACACUAACACUCCACAAACUUUCUCAGAUGUGGUGUAAGGAUUCCAGUGAAUUAACACUCUUGUGUAAGUUUUUUUUAAGACAGUGACAAAGGUUUUUAAGUUUUUUUAUGGAAGCUGAACCGAUUCAUUCACCAAAUCUUAAUGACCUGUGAGGGCAAGCAGAAUACAACUGUAUGAUUGGUCUCUCCUUUCAUAAAGAACAAUAUAUAUAAGUAGGAAUUCAUACUGCAUUUUUCUACUUGCCUGAAAUGAAUUUCACAGUUAUAAGUGAAAGCUAAAUGUACUUUGUCUCUGAUUUGGCCUUAGAGUGCUGUGCUGAAAUAAACUGAAUUCUCUGUACUCGUGACAUUGUGCAUGGCGCAUAUGAAUGGCAUAAAAUUCAAAAAUAAAUGUUAAAAAGUGAAAAAAAAGUCUCAAGUCAUGAUUUACAAAAUGGUGGUAGGGUGGGUCUAUUUACAUUAUCCCGUAAUCGCCACAAAAUGAGUAUUAUUAAAUAGUUAAUUUAUUUAAUCCAAUAAGAAAAUUCAAUUUUUUUUGUUAUCAACAGAAAAUAUGGUACUAAAUUAGGUUUGUUCUAUUUAAUAAAUGUUUAUUUAUGUACAUUUUACAUUAUAUGGAUAUUGUUUUAAGAAUCUGUCCAUCGCAUUAAGGUAUAACAUAGUUUAUUCAGAAACUUAAAAUAGCUCCAAAAUGUUAUAGUGACUAAUUUAUAAAAUACCCACUAUAGAAACAUUUUUGGAUAUUUAAUUAAAUAUUUUUAAGUAAUUAUAUUUCAAAAUAUAGACUGAAAGAAGUCUUGUGCCUUAAUAUCACAUUGUGAUUAAAAAGUAUUUACAGAAAUAUAUAUUUUAUUACCAAAAUAUGUGCAGAGUAAUAUGUUAUAUUAGAAAUAAAGAAUGAAAAAAUAUGUAUUUUCAAAUGUCUUAGUUAUCUUAAAUACAUCAUUUAAUCAUUCUCAUUUAAUAAUUAUUAAUUUGUUGUAUGUAAUAACAUAACCCAAUUAAAAUAUUCUGAAUUGUAAAUUGCUGAUAAUAUGUUAGUUAAUUUGCUUCAAUGUUUCACAGGACACUUUGAUGAUUCUCCAUGCCUUCUGUGUCUGAAAGAUUAUUUUAUUCUACAAUUGAAAAUUUAAAGAUUUUACUAACAAUAUAUUUAAACUAUUAACUUGUAAAUAUUGUGUCUAAUUAUUUUUUUCCUUGUAAGUUAAAUAUGUAUGUAAAGGAAAGUGUUGAUUUGUAUUAAAAAAUAUUAUUUAUUGGUCGUAUGCUGUACUGAGCUUGGGCCCCUACAUAGUCUAAUUUGGUUGGCCACAACUAUCAUGCAAGAGAUUAGGUUCAGAACAAACUAUUGUUGUUGAUAUAACAUAAAUAAUAAGCAACAAGACAUGGGUGUUGAACAU